UGUUUCCCACGUGGAGUGGGACUGAGAGGCCCGGGUGGCUGCAGGGACUCGCCUGGGACGCGGGGCGCAGGUGAGUCGACGAACGCCCCCUCCUGGUGCGAGCCGCCCGCGCCCCGGACGUCCCGGACCCCGCCCGUCCCGCGGACCGCCCCGUGCCCCGGGUGUGCUCGGCCCCGUCUGACCGCCCCGUGCGCCGGGUGUGCUCCGCCCCGUCUGACCGCCCCGUGCGCCGGGUGUGCUCGGCCCCGUCACCUGCCCGUGGCCGCGGCAAUGAAAUACGUGCCGGAAGUGAAGAAGUCGCCGCCGCACCUCCUGAAGCAAUUCACAGUGUGUGACAUUCCUCUGCAUGACAUUUGUGACUACAACGUCUCCAGGGACCGAUGCAAGGAGCUCGGGUGCUGCUUCUACAAAGGCGUCUGCUACGAGAAAGCAGUUCCCAGUAAGCAAGUUUCCACGGGACAGUCCUCAUUUAAAGAAAUAAGUCAGUUGAUUGGGAGAACCUUCGACACGCGGUUUCCCAGUGUGCUCCUCGUUUACGUCCACGUGUUCUCCGCCUUGAUUGUGAUCGUCGCUGGGGCCUUCGUCAUCACCAUCAUCUACAGAGUCGUUCGGGAGAGCAGGAGACAAAGGGCCGUCCCUACGGAUGUCGCGCUGCCACACAAGUCCAGCAAAAAGGCGAAGGUGGCCUCAUCCAGCAGCAAAUUAGGGCUGAAGCCUCCGAGUCCUGGGCCUCCGGGUGCUCGGCCCUCAAUGAAGAGUGACGCGGACAAGGAUGAUGUAACAGUGACAAUAGCAGAAACCGAAGAAACUGAGGACUGACUGAAACGCAUGAAGAAGUGGAGAUUGGCAGAAUUAUCCAAAUGAAAUGGUACAGCAGGUGCACUGUUAACAGUGUGAUGGAAUGACCACCCAAUGAGAAAAAAAUAAAGGUAUUUUGAAAAUUG